CGCAGCAGCACUUGAUCUCGGCGGGGAAGCGGAGAAAAGGAAGAUGACCAUUCACGUCGAGGGUCUCGUGGCUAUCGUGCUCUUCUAUGUCCUGAUUCUGUUUGUGGGGAUCUGGGCUGCGUGGAAGAAUAAGAACUCUGGAGUUGGCGAUGGCUUAGAUCGGAGCGAGAAUAUCAUGGUUGGGGGAAGGGACAUCGGCUUGUUCGUUGGUGGAUUUACGAUGACCGCCACUUGGGUGGGAGGGGGCUACAUUAAUGGAACAGCAGAAUAUGUCUACCUCCCAGGCUUCGGCCUGGCCUGGGCACAGGCACCCUUUGGUUAUGCUCUCAGCCUUGUACUAGGGGGGCUUUUCUUUGCCAAACCCAUGCGAUCACGUGGAUAUGUGACCAUGCUAGAUCCCUUCCAGCAGCUAUAUGGAAAAAGGAUGGGUGGUCUGCUGUUCAUCCCUGCACUCAUGGGAGAAAUCUUCUGGUCUGCAGCCAUUUUGUCCGCUUUGGGUGCGACUCUCAGUGUGAUAGUGGAUAUAAAUAUCAACAUGUCUGUGGUGAUCUCAGCACUGAUAGCCAUCUUCUACACACUUGUUGGAGGACUUUACUCUGUUGCAUACACAGAUGUGGUCCAGCUCUUCUGUAUCUUUCUGGGUUUGUGGAUCAGUGUGCCUUUUGCUCUGUCCAAUCCUGCUGUGUCAGACAUCGGUGUUACAGCCAAGAAAACAAUCUAUCAAUCUCCUUGGCUCGGGAAGAUUGAGCCUGAAGACAAUUGGCUCUGGGCGGACAACUUCUUUUUGCUUAUGUUGGGGGGGAUUCCCUGGCAGGUCUAUUUUCAACGGGUUCUUUCUGCUUCUUCAGCUACCUACGCCCAGGUCCUUUCAUUCCUUGCUGCCUUCGGUUGCUUGGUCAUGGCUGUCCCCUCUGUCCUCAUAGGAGCUAUAGGGGCUUCCACUGACUGGAACCAAACUACAUAUGGUUCCCUCCCUCCAAAGGAUAAGGAUGAGUCUGACAUGAUCCUUCCUAUAGUGCUUCAGCACCUCUGCCCACCGUACAUCUCCUUCUUUGGUCUGGGGGCUGUGUCAGCUGCGGUCAUGUCAUCAGCAGACUCAUCCAUACUCUCAGCCAGCUCCAUGUUUGCCAGGAACAUUUAUCAGCUGGCGUUUCGGCAGUCGGCCUCAGAUCGGGAGAUUGUUUGGGUGAUGCGCCUCACCAUCUUUGUGUUCGGAGCUCUGGCCACUGCCAUGGCAUUGUUAACAGGAUCAGUAUACGGCCUGUGGUACCUGAGCUCUGAUCUGGUCUAUGUCAUCAUAUUCCCCCAACUUCUCAGUGUACUGUUUGUUAAGGGCACCAACACCUAUGGUUCUGUGGCUGGUUAUAUCUUUGGUCUUCUGCUGCGCAUCGGUGGAGGGGAGCCCUACCUCAAACUACCUCCAUUCAUCUAUUACCCCGGCUGGGUGACCCAGGAGAAGGUCCAUCACCUCACUGGAGAUGUAGAGCACUUUGUCCAGCAGAGGUUCCCCUUCAAGUCUGUGUCCAUGGCGGCAUCCUUCUUGGCCAAUGUGUUUUUUUCUUACCUGACAAAGUAUCUAUUUGAAAGUGGUAUGCUGUCACAUAAGUACGACUUCCUGGAUGCUGUUGUUUCCAAGCACAGCAAGGAGAUAAUGGACAAGGCAACACUGGUAAGCAACCAUGAUAACAUAAUUCUUUCAGAGAUGGCUCCUGUCAGGCAGGUCUUGGGUGCCUCACUUGCUGGGACCUUUACCAACACGGAGGUCCUCAGUGAUGAUGGGGCAUCUAGUCCAGAGGCUUUUCACAAUGAAGAUUAGACAUUUAAGGCACAAAGUAAACUAGAACCAAGGAAUGUAAAGAAGAAGGAACAGUCAAAAGAGGCAUCAAUAUUCUUCAGGAAGAUUACUACUGCCACACUGGGAGCCAAAUCAACAGAGCAUCUGCUGUGGCUUUCAAGUGACUCCAAAAGUUUCUGACGGCAAUAUGGUGCCUCCUUCUUUUUGAGAUUCCUUGCCUAGAAACAGCAAACGGACUCAAUCAUCUGUGCGAAUCAUGCCACACUCAUUCUUGUGUUUUCUUAUCACGACUCUGUGAAACUUCAACCAUUUUCAUUUAAGUGCUGCUAUAGUGAUCGGAGGAACUUUGGAUGGAUGUACAGCAGGCCUAUAUGAGCAAGUCUACAAGGAUUUGUUGUGGAUCAUGAAAAUAGUGCAAUAUCUAACCAAGAAACUGUGUCCACAUCUACAAGUCAUUAUUUAAAGCAUAAUAUACGUAAGUUCGUUUACAUGCACCUGACAACUAAGCUUUUAUCAUACUUUGAGUUUCAUGUAGAACAACGUUAUUGAUAGAGCAAUAAUAUUUUUAGGACCCACGUUGUACAGCUAGAUACAUUUUACUAAAUUUGAUUUUUACCAUGUCUUGUUUAAACCUGAAGACCAGUAGAUGUUUGCAAGUUUUAUGUUCUGUUUUCAGCUCGAUUUAAUCUUCUUGCUGAAGUCCAUAAUUAUAUAACCAAACCCUGACUUUACCAAAUAGAAGAUACUGACUAAAUCAGCAAAAUCCCAAACAGCGUUCCAUAAAAACAUUUUUUUCAUUCACUGCCAACACUUAGCAAGCUAACUACCAUCUUUGUUGUAUUGACAAGAUUACACUAAACAAAAGAGAUCAAUGAGUGACAGCAUAAGAAGAAUUCAUUGUGGGGUGUUUUAUAGAUACAGGGCAAAAUUAUCAUUCAUUUGAAUGCAAUGGGUGGCUCAGUGGUGUUAUGGUUAACACGCUCGCCUUACACCCAAAAGAUCACCAGUUCAUAACUGGGAGGAGACACAAAGCCAGCCUCAGGAGGUCACAAGCUAGUGUACUCCCACUAUUUUGACCCAAGUCCCUACCCGGAUAAAUGGCAGGGUGUCGUCAGGAAGGGUGUCCACUGUAAAAAUCCAUGCCAAAUAAAAUAUGCGGAUACAUCCUCUGUGGUGGAACUAAGGGAGCCACCGAAAGUACCUAUCCAUGAGAUUAAUGAAGCUUCUGCUCAGCUCUGUUUUGAUCUUUGCUAUUCUUGUCAGUACUGACGAGUCCCUAAAGUUACAACUUUAUUGUAAUUUUAACCCAAUCUCUUUAAUGUGAGCUGAUGAGAUGGUGAUAGUGAAAUCAGAAAACUAAAACAGUGAGUAAAACGACAACAAUAGUCUGGAGCACAAAAGAGUGGUUCUGAGCUCGGUGAUGUAGUCAUUUGAUCCAGUAUUUAUUCUAAAAUAAAGUUUGAUGGUCACAGGGAGACAUAAAGAAUGAUCAUAAGCUUCCUGCUACUGACACUAAAGUUCUGCACUGAACCUAAAUUGUGUGCUGCUGAAUCAUCAUGAAUCAGAGUAAUUAGACAGGAGCUCUGACUUUAUUACACGCCACCCCGUGACCUUUCUUUCCCCUUGUACUUUCCAGGCAGCCAUUGUCUUCCCUUCAUUUCAAUGCAUUAUGAAAAUCAAUUUGCUAUCGUUGUUUUUGUCAAACAUACAAUGGGAAUACAUCUUUAAACUACCAUUCAUUUACAGCUGGAAUGGUAACACUGAGACCAGUAAAAGCACAUGAUGUUCAUUUUGCAAACAGAUUUUAUAAAUGACUGGAACGUAAUAGCAGCCUGGAAAUAAAUCUCAAUGCCAGACGCGACAGUGAACUUUGAAAGUAAUCAAGAACACUUCAGUGAUUUUUAUUUUUAACAUGAACUCACAGAAGCCAUUUUGAAAUAUAUGUGUGUGUGUGUGUGUGUGUGUGUGUGUGUGU